GGUCAUCUCGCCAGCCCAUCCCGCACAAUUUUAAAGGGGGGCAGAGAGAGAAAAAACUGUGAUAAACCCUCCAACAAGUUCGACCUGGUGGCACCAACUGUCAUCCUAUCCUUGAAAAGGACUGGAAGGAAGAUCGUGAGUUGGAGGUUGGCCUGGGCAACAGCCAGACACUGUGGCUGAGUGUGUGCUGUGGAAGCAUGGAGACCCGAGUUUGGCUCGCUAGCAUCCAUCAAAGCCUAGUGUGGCGGUUUGACCCCUGUGCUGGGGGGUGAGAACUGGUAAGGUUCAGGUUCGGUGAGAAGCCCCGCCUCUCUGCCUCGGUGAUAAGGCGGAAGCGGCAGAGCACAGUCCCUCUCAUCCUCCACACGGGCAUGGAUGUGGGUAAACAAGCGGAGGUGAGUGAAGCAGCGGUCAAAGUGGGCAGGUCCCUGCGUUUCCGCCAGUGCUUUGUGAGAAGGCAGAUGUAGCCUGUUAACUGUAUCCAUUCACUGUAAACUAAAGGGGUGGGGACCACAGAAGUGUCUGUGAGUGUCAGAAUACGCUGCGCGCUGCCCUGCCCUGUGGCAAGGAGACCAGAGAGGGUGGUAAAUCUCCUGGAGCUGGUGGUUGUGAGCAGCCCGGUGUGGAUGGCAGGAACUGAGCUCAGAUUUUCUGAAGAGCCUCACAGAUGCUCCUAACCACUGGGCCAUCUCUGCGACCCCUCAUGGGAACGCUUUAUGGACUGAAUGCAGGUCUCUGUGCUACAUAAGAUCUCUUUUCCUCUUGUAAACAUGUAUGGGAUGUUUCAGGACUCAGUGACCUUCGAGGAUGUGACCGUGAACUUCACCCAGGAGGAGUGGGCUCUGCUGGACAUGUCCCAGAGGAACCUUUACAGAGAAGUGGUUGGGGAAAUCUUUAUGAACUUGGCCUCUAUGGGGGAAAGAUGGGGCCAGAAUAUUGAAGACUGGUACAGAAAUCAGGGCAGAAUCUUAAGCAACCAUAUUGUGGAGAGACUCAGUGACGACCAAGAAGAAACCAUCAACCAAAUUCUUGACCACGAUCUGAAAAAGGAACGCUCUCCUGGAGUAAAUCUCUGUGAAUGCAGUGUGUGUGGGCUAGCCUUCGUGGCUUGUUCAUCCGGGAAGCGUACACACACUGGACAGGGAGCACACGACUACAAAUGCAGGCAGUGUGAAACAGCCUUCUGUAACUACCCUUUCCAAGUCAGUGGCCGGUCUCACCAUGAAGACAGACCCCACGGGUGUCAGGAACACGGGGAAGGCUUCCUUUCUUUUACCAGCCUCGGUGACUUCGUUAUACCUCGGACUGAAGGUGGACCUCAUAAAUGUAACGUGUGCGGGAAAGGUUUGCACUACCCCAGCUCACUUAGGAUCCAUGAAAGAACCCACACAGGAGAGAGGCCCUAUCAGUGUGAAGAGUGUGGAAAAGCCUUCAGUUGCUGGGGCUCAGUUCGACGACAUCAAAGGACCCACACUGGCGAGAAACCCUACAACUGUAAGGAGUGCGGGAAGGCCUUCAGUUCUCUCUCAGGCCUUAAAGGACACACGAUAAGACACACUGGGGGUGGACCUUAUAAGUGCAAGGAGUGUGGAAAAGUCUUUAACUCGCCCAGUGCACUUAGUAAGCACGAGAGAACUCACACGGGGGAGAGACCCUUUCUGUGUAAGUACUGUGGGAAAGCGUUCAUCUGCUCCACCUCAGUGCACAAACACGAGAGGACUCACGCCGGAGAAAAACCCUAUGAGUGUCAGCGGUGUGGGAAGGCCUUCAUUUCUAAUUCAGGCCUCCAAGGACACAUGAUUAGGCACACAGGCGUCGGGCCUUACAAAUGUAAAUUCUGUGGGAAAGCCUUUGGCUCUCCCAGUGCUGUUCUAAGGCAUGAAAGUGCUCAUGUCGUGUAGGGAGAGCCUUCCCUUUGAGGACACAGAUCCUGGGAAAAUCUUACCAUCCUAGUUCAGGUACAGAAAAGGAUUCCUGAAGGGAAGCUCUUGUUUAGAGAAUAUGGGAAAGACGUUGAGGGUUAGACUUUAUGUGGAAGCAUGAAGAGGCGGAAGAAAAACCUUACAAAUAAAAGAAUAAAACCU